AUGUCCUCCCACACCACCGUUCACGUCGCGGAUAUCUCACCCAAGACGAGUGAGAAGGAAGUAAGAGAUUUCUUCAGUUUCUGCGCUGCUAAAACCGCCCUUCUGCUCGACAAUACCCAACUUGGUCCGUCCUCCGUCAAGGUAACAGCAGCCGCAUCCAUCGACGAGCUAGCCGGCCCCAAAGCCCACGCGGAAUCCCCUGAAUCCAAAAACGACACCGCGGGCAUCCACGACAUAGAACAAGAAGACAAGCCCCGCUCUCGCAUAAUCGCCGAAUACCUCGCGCACGGCUACGUGAUCAGCGACCAUGCGAUCCAACAGGCCAUCUCCCUCGACAAGAAGCACGGCUUCUCCACGCGUUUCCGGAACGCGCUGGACAACUUCAACGCCAAGUUCCACGCCACUGAUAAGGCCAAGGACAUCGAUAGUAGCUACGGCAUCUCCGAUAAGGCUGCAAGUGGCCUGCGCGGACUUAGUUCGUACUUUGAGAAGGCCCUGGGCACACCGACGGGGCAGAAGGUGAGGGAUUUCUAUCUGCAGAGUGAUAAGCAGGUGAGGGAUAUCCAUAAUGAGGCGAGAAGGCUGGCGGAUUUGAAGAGUGGGAAGGCGGAAGAGGCGGAGGGGGUUGAGGGGAAGGGAAAAGCAGAGGCAAGUCAUGAGGUCUACUCUGAGGAGACGGAGAAGAGAGCGACAUGA